AUGCUAGUUAUACAGAGGCUUAUACGCUGUAACACAUUUCAAAGCCCCAACCUGUCAGGCAUAAAAGUAAAUAGAAGGUGGAUAAGCCAAACUAAAGCUCUAUUAAACCAAGAUGAAUCACAAGGUCCUAAAACUAUAAAUGAUACCACCACCAUAAAGUCAAAGAAGAAUAGAAUAAAUAAACUCAGUGAUCUAGUUCAAAUCAAAGCUGAUGGGCCUCCAAUAUCUGACCCUAAUCAAAGAUUAUCACCUAUAAGUUUUAUCAAUCAAGGUAAAUAUAAAAUACCCAAAGAUUGGCGUAAAGAUAAAGAGAUGCCAGAAUGGAAGAGACAAAAAUUUGCACUUAAUGAAAAAUUCGAAGGAAAAACAUGGAACCCAGCAAAAAGGCUUUCUAGAGAAGAAAUGAAUGGUGUACGAAUGUUAAAGCAAGAGUUACCAGAUAUGACAACCACAGAUAUUGCCCAAACAUUUAAAGUUUCACCUGAAGCCAUUAGAAGAAUUUUGAAAUCAAAAUGGACUCCAACUUUGAAAGAAGAAGAAAAUAUGUUUGAUAGAUGGAGAAAAAGAGGUGAGAAGGUGAAAGUUAUUAUGUCCAAAAAAGAAGGAUCCUCUUCAAAAAAGAUUUCAAUUUCAGAGAAAGAUGGGUAUCAAGUUAUAAGCAACACCAAAUCUAAGAGAAGAGAAAUUGAUCCCACCACAGGAGACUCAAAGACUAUGAGAUUCAAGCAUAAAAAACCUUUCAAGAAUGCAUCAAAACCUGUUAAAAGGCUACAAGACAUUAUGUUUUGA